AUGAAGCUACUCGCCCCUCUCCUCACCUCCAUGGCCACCCUGACCAGACUUGUGGCAUCAGUAGCGAUCGACUCCAGCACCAAUGCCCUCCAAGAGAUCGCUCCUACUAAUUUCUACCCUCGUCCAGGAGCUAUCUACAAUGUCACUGACAACUCACUGAUUUCUCUCGACCCCACAACAUCGAUAUUCACAAGUUUGGUAUCCAAAGCCGAUGAUGUCUGUACUCUCCAAUCCUAUAGGUGCAAGAAGCAGAACAAGACCUGGGUCUGGUGGUGUCGCUGGGAAGACGAUCGGGAGAACGUUUUCUGUCGGGUUUGCGGGGCUGAUGGGACGGAUCCGAUGGGAGAGAUGCACUGCAUAGAAGAUCGAGUGAGGACUCCACAGUGCGUGGACUUCGUCUAUUGUGAAGACUGGUAUACUUGUAUCGGCUGUUAG